AUGCAGUAUAUUGCAGAUAAGUUUAUGCGCUUGAGUCGUCCCAGCAGGUCGCGCAGGUCCAGCAAUGAGCGGGUGGCGGCGGUCGGUGGGGGCGCGGGCGUGGCGCGCGGCGCGGCGGCGCUGGCUGGCGGGCGGCGUGCUGGCGGCCGUGACGCUGGCCGUGCUGGCGCCGCGCCUGGGCGCGCCCGGAGGCAACUACUGCAUGCUCACUCAGUAGAUCAUACACCGCAUUGCACUCCGCCAUGCGGGCUGCGCGCCGAGUACUCGGCGUGGCUGUUACUCGGCUACGUGCACUACUGCGCGGGCCGCAGCCAGGCCUGGCCCCGCGCCGGGGCCCUCGCCUGGCCCCGCGUGCAGCCCAGCCGCGCCCAGGCGGCCUGCGUGCUGCACGCGCACGUGGUGUCGCCUGCGCUGGCGGCCGCGGUCGUGAGUACGUUCACGGACGGCGUGGACUACAGGAUCGCGCAGGGCGUGAUGCUGUGGUCGCGCGGCGGGGGCUGCGCGUGGCUGGCGGCGGCGCUGGGCGCGCGCGACGCGGCCGCGUGCUGCGCCGCGCUGUACGUCGCCUCGCUGCUGACCGCGCCGCUGCACUCCUGGCUGCUGUGCGGGCGCAUGGCGCUGCCUCCCCUGGCGGGCGUAGUGUGCACGCUGUGCACGGUAGCGGGGCCAUUCGCAGUGGGCCUGCUGGUGUCGGGCGCGCGGGGCCCGGCGCGCGGGGGCCCGGGGCACGGCGUGCAGCUGGCGGCCCUGGCGCUGCUGUACGCGGAGUGCUGCGAGCGGCUGUGUGACGCGGAGGCCAUCGUGUACCUGGGGGACGUGCUGGCCGCCUUCGUGCUGGAGCUGUGCUGCGUGUGCGUGUCGGCGGCGUGGUGCUGUGUGUACUGGCGCGGCGGGCUGCUGGCGCCGGCCGAGGCGCGGCUGGUGGCGCAGUGCGCGCUGCCCCGCUGGCUGGACACGCGGUGGGGCGCGGAGUGCGCGGCGCCGGGGCUGUGUCGGCUGCCGGGAGUGUUCGUGGCGCCCAUGCAGACACUGCUGCUGGCGGCGCUGGGCCGCGACUGCGACGGCUGCGACGGCGACGACGGCGGCGACGGCUGCGACGGCUGCGAGGAGCGUGCGGCGGUGUCUAGUACUUCAUGAAGCCAUUAGAAUAGUCAAACAUUACAUUACACGACUGGUACUGUGGCCUUAGCGUUAGCCUUAUAGUGGGAGUGGUGAAGGAAUACGAUACGAAAGAAUUUUAAUAUGGGGAGCAAUCUACAUUUCUCUUUCUUUGGCUCGACUUCAAACCACGAGGGAUCUGGUGUUGUACGAAUUUCGACCUGAUUCUAUACGCCGACUGUUUGGAUGCGUAUUUGUAAAAAAAAAAAAUGGAAGCUAUAAUACUACAAAUUAUUAUUGUGAUACACUUGUAUGAUGAAUUAACUGGACAGCG